AUGGUCGACUUCAAUCAACUUGUGGCAGAGUGCAAUGUGCCACCAGCAGUAGCAUCCUUGCUCUCGGCUUUUGACAUUGCCUUGUUUGCCCGGUCCUGCACCACUUCGGCAGAGCUUGAAGAGUUGGUGAACCACUUUUUGGCCGAAGCCUCAGUCACGGAGGCCGCCGAGCGAUUCAUCACCAAAGCCUCUUUGCGCUUACUCUUCUGCAAGUGUCGACAGUCAGAGGGCAUGUCAUCUCUCGAAGACGCUCACAAGCCCAGCACCCCGCUUGGAGACGGGCCGGCAGCCGCAACCCCGGCUCCUUCAGCCACUCCCCCGCUUUCUAGCUCUUGGCAGGAGGCUUGGCCCGCAAAGCUCAGUGGCGAGCGGACGGCGGCGCUUAGGAAGAGCGCCCGCUUACUGGCCCUCACUAACAAGAUGCUUUCCGACAAGGAGGUGCGAUGGAUACCUUGGAAGUAUCGCUUAAGCGCCAGGGCGCAGGAAGACAGUCUCCUCCUUUUGUCACUGGCGGCCAAUGCCAUAGCGCUUUGCCAAGGCGCGCACCUGGGCUCUCUGAAGCUUUACAAUAAACGCUUCAUGAGGAUCUGCUUCACCAAAUACGAGGCAGCCGCCAGCCUACGGGGACCCACUACCAUGGAAGCUCAGGCCGCCGAUCGCCGCUGUUGGGAAAUCAUUUCCGACUUAGUCAAUGUGCACCAUUGGAAGCUGGAUGACGCGCUUCACGAGGUGGCCGAGGUGCGAUCGGAUCUGCACAGCUUGCUCGCGCCGAGGCCCUUCAUCCCCAAGCCCAAGUUCGACCCAGACAACAGCUGGAAAUCCCGCUUCACGGGCAACGGACGCGGUGGCAAAGGCGGCGGCCGCGGCGGCAAAGGUCGCGAUGGCAAAGGUGAAAAAGGCGAGCGCUUUGAACGGGGUGGCAAAGGCGGCAAGGGCAAGGACAACAAGCAAGUACCAGAGCGGGCAAUGCAAGGACCCGGCUACCUGCCGUUACUUGCACAGAUGCGCAGUGCCCAAGAGUGCUCUGCAGGGGCCACCUCGACACUGCCCAAGGCAAGUGCCCCGGUGUCCUGUGCAGCUUCUGCACUCAGUGAAGGUUCUCUCGACUUCGCUACAUGCUUGGAGCUUCUAGCGCAGUACUUUUCCACUCCCGUCACUUCUUCUUCUCACUGCCCCGACACCGCCAUUGCAGCUUCUGAGGCAUAUUUCAAUUUGGGUGCUUUUGCCUUUGACAAUGGUACAAGGUCGGGCAUCUUUCAGCGCACAGAACAGUUUUCCGACGUUCUCCGAUUCUUGAACGCUUUUAUGCAGCUUCAGUUUCCAGAAGCUUCUUGGAGCUCCCUCUGUGUCAGCCACAAUGUUCACGCCCGCUUGCAUACAGAUGCUGGCAAUGCUGCAGGGACCCUCGAUCAUACAGUUUCACUCGGUAACUUCAGCGGAGGUGAGGUCUGGCUUUGCCCCGCUUUGGACCCGGAGGCGCCGCAAGUCCCGGCACCCUUGGAUGCUUCAUCUGAGGCGCAGAGUGCAACAAGCGCCGGACAAGGUGAGUUGCGGGAUACCUGGCAUGCGCCGCUCUCCUUCAGCUGUGAAUCGCUUCACUGUACGAUGCCAAUUCAAGGCGACAGGUGGGUCCUGACUGCCUAUACUUGCAAGAACUUGGACCACUUCGAUGCAAAGUCACUUGCACACUUGCGGUCAUUGGGCUUCCCACUCCCAUCGGCAACCCCAGUUAAUCCUCAGCCAAUAUCGCCCCCGCUCAAGGACACAACAUGCGUUGAGCUUUUCCUGGACAUAUGCUGUGGGGCGGCCCGCCCACUUACUACGGCGAUGUCAUCAUGUGGCGUCACUUGUUUGCCCAUUGAUCUGCUUGGCGAGGAGCAACUGGACCUGCUGAACGACGACACUUACGACCACCUCCUGCGGCUGUGUUUUUCCGGGAUUGUCCGCUUGGCUCACGGAUCCCCGCCCUGCAAGGAGUACUCCCGCUUGAAGCUUCGUCCAGGUGGCCCCCCGGCUAUUCGGUCUCCGGAUCAUUUGAAUGGCCUACCAGGGAACACCGCUUCGCAACAAGCCAGGGUACACAGCAGCCAGAAGCUUUUAUACCGCUGUGUCUGCCUGCUCCGAGCUGCCUUUGGUUCAGGUGCACAUGUGUCCCUGGAGCAGCCCACCAACGCUAUGUCUUGGCUGGAACCUUUUGUUCAGGAUAUGCUUUCUGAGAUACAAGCUUCACUGGUCAACAUCCCGGCGUGCUCAGUGGGCCAGGACAUAGCUAAGUCUUGGCUGUUCGCUUGCAGCUACAGUGAAUUCCGCUGUCUGGCAGGUACAUGCGUACAUGAAGGGGGCCACCAGUCUGUCGCAGGUGCCAGGGACGAGCACGGCAAUUUCUUGUCUCAAAGGACGGCAGAAUAUCCGUCCCAGCUUGCCGGGCGCUUCUCCGAAAAGGCAGUGAACCUGUUUUCUUCAUCCAGACCUUCAUACCCGGUUGCUCCCUGCUCCUUGAACUUUGCACUUGCCUCUAUUCCCAAAAAGCCACGCUCUGCAACGCCCACAGCCGCACAGGAUGGCGGGGGCAUCUACUCUUUGCCGGACUGGUCUCUUGGCCCAAGGUACCAAUCCGACAGCUUACACGACCUGCGGAAGGAGUGGCAAUCCUGGCUGCUUGGGAAUAGAACUCCUCUUCGGCUUCAGCAACAUGUCGCCGAAGCCAGCAAUAAACCACUUUUCUCAGCGGAAGAAACAGAGUGGCUUCGGUCGUCCUUCAAGCGCUUUUCUGAUUCACACUCUCCUUGCCAGGAUUGGAAUUUCUCGGUGAAGGAGGGCCAGCCAUACUGCCUGUCUGCGCUGGAACGCUUAAGCACUAUGUUAGGCGACAAAGACACCUGUCUCUUCCCCGCUUUACAAAAAGGGGUUCCCACUGGCUUUGACGGCGACAUCCCUCGCAGCCACACCCUGCGGCCUCGCGACUCGGGCAACUCAGAUGAAACCACUGACCUGCUUGUCUGUGAAGGCAGCUGGCAGGGAGCUGAGGCAGAUCCCGCAUUGCUUCAGGAGUUGAUUGAGGAGGAAGUUUCAGCCGGCUACAUAGAGGAAGUUCCCAACUUGGAGGCCGCUUAUGAGAGGUGGGGUCGAGAACGUGUUGCAGUUGGUCGCGUGAACAUUGUCAAGGCUCCAGGUCGCGCUCCCCGCUUGGUGAUAGACAACAGUAUUUGCAACACGAACCAGAACUGCCACGUGGAGGAAUGUCUGCGGCAUCGCCUGGUCAGCCGCAAACAGCUUGACAAACUUCUUGGAAUCCACGCCUACCUGGACGAUAAGCUUCGCUUCACGGGCAGCCCUCCGAGCACCAGCAUCUCUCCAGGCUCAACUUUGCUUUCAGCUCGGCACAAAGCUUUGCGUAGUAAGGACGACCUGGCAUCAGUUCCGGUAAGUACGAAGCGCAUGUGGCUUCGUAUCACAGACCCUACUUCCUCGAAGCGGCGCUUAUCUGAGUCCAGCAGGGAAACACUUGCCUUCUUCGCCCACUUGAGCUCCAGGGAGUGGCGGCCAAGGCCAUUACGACCACCACCUACAAGUGCGGUGGAGUCUGCCGCAGAUGCUUUCGGUAAAGGCAACGAUUGCGGCGUCGGAGGGUGGCUCCUCCUCCCAUGUGGCCGCUUACUCUGGUUCGCUCAUCGCUACGCUGUCAAAGACUUCCUCGACUUAGGUCUGCCAAUGCAACCCGAUGCCAACUUGGACAUCUCCAGCUACGAGACUCUGGCACAGUGCUUUGUGCUUCUAGCUUUUUGGAAAGCCCAUGGCUCCGGUCGCUUGGCUUUGACAUUACCAGCUUUGAGCGACAAUAGUGGUGCUGAGUCGGUGUAUAACAAACUUUACACCUCUAAAGUACCACUUACUCUUUUUGUUCGCAAGCUUUCAAUGUGGAGCUCUAUUACCGGUGUCACUCUGGAUUGCAGCCACAUCGCUGGCGAGAAGAACGACGACGCAGACCUGCUUUCUCGUUGGGAUGGCUCCACAGAACUUCCCGACAAGUUCCUCACGUCAAAUCGCAUCGAGCUCUCGCUUUCUGAGUUCUGGCUGAUACGCUUUCAAGUGACACUUUUUCCCGCUGACACAUUUUUAAAAUGGCAGCUUCCGUCAGCUGACAGCUUGGGCCCAACAAACCGUGGUUCCAAGAAGCGCAAGUAG